AUGAAUAGUACUCGUAAAGGUGAAGUUGAUAUGAAUGAAAUUGGUAGUAGUGGUUUCUCGACUGCGGCUUACCUUAAAAGAAUUCUGGCGGAGUCUCCCAAUGACUGUACUCGAGUUCAAGAUACGCACAUUCGGGCUUUAGCUAAAGAAAGUGAAAGUUUAGCAGCUGAUAUCUUAGCCCAGAAAGAAGACGUCUGUGCAAGUAUUGAGUCAUUUGUGGAUUUAAUUAGUCGGUGCCAAAAGAUAGCUUUAGAUAUCCCGGACUUACUUCUGCCACUUAGUAAGACUACGAAUUCUUCUGCUGGCAGUCAAGAGUUCAUUAAAGAGAUCUCUAAAUUGAAAGGUGGUGAGUCUUUGGCUAAGACUAGCCGUACUCUUAAAUACACAGAACGAGUUGAAUUACGUAUUGAUCAGGAAAGUAUGUGUGGUAAAAUCUACAUAACUGAAGAGAUGCUUAUUGUGGCUACUGAGACUAAAUCUGGUGAGUUAGAGGUUUACAAUGCCUUUUUACUGAAAGAAACUGACAUUAGUGAAGAAAAUGGAUCUCUAGUAAUUAGUAUCGGUCCUUUAUCCGUUGAAGUUAUUGCUGGAGAACAUACUUCUCUUAAACGCCUGGCUAAAGAGAUCUAUCAAGCCCAAGAACAAGACAGUCCCUGGGUGCCACCAACUGAGCCAACUGAAAAUUCAGAUAAGGAAAAGGCCAAGUACAAUCAGUAUUUACUUAAAAUAGGACAGAUAUCCGGUAUCGAUACAUGGAUUGGCCAAGAUUUAACUGCUGAAAUCAAAGCUAUGCAAGCUAUUGGCGGCUGGAAACAAGCAGCUCCUAUCUUAAAAACUCUAAAAGAAACCGAUCUAGCUACUGCCUUCCAAGUCACCACUAGUAUUGUAGAAGAAGAAAUGGUCAGACACAUUAAUUUAGAUAUCUUAAGAAAAGACAGUAUAGAACAAGUCGCCCAUAAACUAACCAAAAUCCUCCAACGAUCCAUGAAAGAACUAAACUCCCUCUUCACUCCAGAAGAAGCCACCGGUCGACUUGUUCUAGCCUUCGAACAACUACAUCUCCGGGCAGCCGAACUUCUCACUCGCACACUUCUUAAUGCCCCAACAACCGACCUCAAGGACACUGAAACUCUACGCCAAGCUUUCAUCCAUCAAGAAUACAACUUUGCCUAUACCAUUGAUCUAGCCGAAAGAAUCCGCAAGAACCUCCUCAAGAAAAGGUACACCUUCAACAAGAAAGUCAUUCAAACACUUUUCGACCAACUCACCAUCCAAGGAUCCACAUCCUCCCCCGCCCAAUCCAACUCAACCACCAACUCAACCCAAUAA